AUGGCAACAAUUGUCUUGGUUACUGGGAUGAUCGUGCUGCUAAGUCAAAGUGGCGGUCUUCGUUAUAUAGAUGAUAGUUGCACGGAAUUAGUAGGCACAGAUGACGUAGGCACCGAAGACACAGGAGACACAGGCACAGAAGUCGUAAGCACCGAGGAAGACUGUAUAGAUGCAGACACAGAAGACAAGGACACAGAAGAAGGGAGCACAGAAGACGGGAGAACAGAAGAACUACGCUCGGGAACAGACACAGCCGCUGUGGAAAAUGGUACCGAAGACACUGGUACCGAAGACACUGAUAUCGAAGACACUGGUAUCGAAGACACUAAUAUCGAAGACACUGGUAUCGAAGACACUGGCACCGAAGACACUGGCACCGAAGACACUGGCACCGAAGACACUGGCACCGAAGACACUGGCACCGAAGACACUGGCACCGAAGACACUGGCACCGAAGAACUGCGCUCGGGGACAGAUACAGUCACCGUGGAAAAUGGCCUGGAGGAAGAGAGAGCAGAACUAGACGGUUUUGGACUGGCAGAACUUUCAGUGAGUGGAGUAGAUGAACUUGGCGAUAACAAGAUCGAUGACGAUAUAGCAAGAGAGCUUGAUAGAACAGCUGAAGAAGACACAGCCUUGGACGUGAUAACAGGGUUCGAUGCAACUGCGGAAGAAGUAAUAGCUGACGAAGAGGUUGGGACCGCACUGGUACUCGGUGCUGGGCAGGGAUUGCCAUCUAGCCGCAUAGCAAUAUACUCGAUCACAUUGUUAUCCGGAUCAUCGUAA